AUGGAUGCAAAGUUCUGCUCAAAGUGUAAGGAUGAGGAAGCUAAUCAAGUUUUCCAUGUGAUUCAUGUAAAGAGUACUUAUGUGCUCAAUGUGGUGACUGAAUAUGAAACAGGUUUUUGGAAAGUUCCAAAACUAACUAAAGAGUUAAAGCAAGUAAAAAUUAACAUUGAAAAACUUAUGAAAAAUAAGGUAUCUGAUCAAAAUAACGAAAAAGAUGCAACUUUAAAUGUAGCUAAAAUUAACAGCGAAGAACUAAUGAUGGAAGUGGCGGAAAGACAGAAGAGGGCAUCAAACAGUAUUAUAUUAAAUGUAAAUAAUUCGAAACAAAAAAUAGUUGCAAACAAAAUAAGAGAAGAUAAAGACUCAGUAAAAGAACUGCUAAAAGAUAUUGAUGUUGAUAUUACAAAUAUAAGGGUGUUCAGACUGGGCAAAGACAAAUACAAAAAUAGACCACUAAAAGUUUGUUUUCCCAGUCCACAAGAAGCUCUUAAGGUGUUACAAAUGAAAAAGGAGAUAACAAUUCCAACUAUUAACAACAAAAGCGCAAAAAGAGUACUUCUUUAA